AACAUCCCAGCUCAGUGGGCGAAAGCCGCCGUGCUGUGCGUGUCGACGUCGUCCGGGGGCUUGUGGACGGUUUGGUGUCAUUCAUUUCGAACGGGGCAGAGAGGUUGCGUCAUGCCUCAACUUGUUGACAUUCUUUUGUUUACAGUGUUCGACCCGACGGCCUCUCGGAGCCGAGGACACUGCUGCUGCUUUUUGGGGAGUGGGGAACACGACAGACCCGCGUUUCAAAGUGCUACUGUGAAACUGACGUGGCAGAACACGAUGAUGGAUGCUGAGUAAACUGACCUGUAGUCAGGUUUUUAUAAAAGAAAAAAAAGAGGAAACGGCGGGACAUUGUGGGAAUGGACGAGUCCUUCGAUCCCCUCAAGUGUAACGAAGACUUGCCAUCCUCACCUGGGUGCCACAUGGAUUAUGAUGACUUGCCCGAGCUGCAGGAGGUGGAGGAGGACCAGAGGGCUCCAGGGUUGUUUCAGGUGGGAGCAGGAGUGUCUCACCAGGAGCUCAGUUGUUCCCCGAGCACCAACUGGCUCGCUGAACUGGCCAACAUUGCCACCAGUCCACAGAGUCCUUUGCUGAAGGAUGCCCAGCAUAAGAGAUCAUCUCCAGUCCACAUCUUUGGCAACAGUAAUAGUUUACAUUCCUACGCGCGGCCCCCAUUAGCCAGCAGCGCACCCAACCCGUCCAGAGGGCACCUCAGGGAGCGUAGGCGUGUCAGGGCUAGCAGCGAAUCGGAGUCUGGAGUUUUCUCAAUGUCCUCAUCCUUUUCUGAUGAUGAAGACAUGGCCUGGUCUCACUCCUGGCCCUCCACAGCCUGGCAUUGCUUCCUGAAAGGAACUCGCCUGCGCUUCCAUCGUGGUCCUAAUGUCGAGUGGCAGGAAGCGGAUGAACUCAGGGAUUCAGAGGAUGACUCAGAUGAUGAAACCAUGAUGCCAUUCUCCUCAUCUCUCAAGAGAUAUGGAUCAGAGGGCCUGAAGCUGGUGAGCCACGAAGAGACGGUGUCUUUUGGCCGGACAGCUCUUAAACUGACCUUUGACCCCGGCUCAGCUGAUGGCGGUCUUUUAACAGCAGAGUGCCGACUAGAUCACCCAUUCUUUGUCAAACAUAAAGGGUGGUCUUCCUUUUAUCCGAGCCUUACUGUGGUGCACCAUGGGAUACCUUGCUACGAGAUGCAGCUUGGUGAUGUGUGCCUGCCACCGAACCACCCAGAUGCCAUCAACUGUGAUGACUCGGUCGUCUUUGACACUUUCAGAAGCUAUGAUUUCACCCCACUCGAUUCCUCAGCAGUGUAUGUUCUCAGCAGCAUGGCUCGUCAGCGUAGGACCUCCCUGUCCAGCGGAGGUGCGGUCAGUCCAGACUGUGAUAAACUCGAGCGCUCCAGCUCCCCACAAUCCUCAAUUAGCAAAUCAAACAGGAGCAACGCCUCAGGGACAGCCAGCGUGGUCACGCCUACAAAAUGCAAGCGGCCAAUGAAUGCCUUCAUGCUCUUUGCCAAGAAGUACAGAGUGGAGUACACGCAGAUGUAUCCUGGGAAGGACAACAGAGCCAUUAGUGUCAUCUUGGGUGACAAGUGGAAGAAGAUGAAGAGUGAGGAGAGGAGGAUGUACACCAUGGAGGCCAAAGCUCUGGCUGAGGAGCAGAAACGACUCAAUCCAGACUGCUGGAAGCGUAAAAGAACCAACUCUGGUUCCCAGCAGACCUAGUUAACCUCCCAGAAUCCCCAGCCACUGGUGUUUUGGCUUGGAGAGGUGCUGGACAGAGUCUGAUGGACCGCUUGAUGCCUAUUCGCUCUCCUGCGUUCUUGAUACUCAACUGUGAUGCUGAAUUCCCUUCCUUUUUUUUUUAACCUUGAAACAUUAUAGAGAGAAAAAACAGAAGUAUGAACUAUAAACAAAGCAUGUAAUCUAGUCACUAACAGUGCAUAUAUUUUCUUAUAUCUUUUAAUGUCAAAGAUGUCUUAUUCCCCCUGAAAUAGGAAUGAAUCCUCACGUGUAUUUCAGGUCAUUUCAUAUUCAAGGUUGGAAAAAAAAAUGAGAGCAUGUGGUGCUAUGCUUUAGUGUAGAAGGAGUGGUAGACAACAACAACAACAGCAACAAGUGGCUAUUUAUAAUUGUAAAAAGGGUAAUUUUAGGUAACUUUUCACAACUUUUCAUAUUGAUUAUAUUUGUAAGAUUCAAUAUAUUGCACAGAUUGGUAACCCUUUCAUACAUUUUCUAGUACAGUCUAUAUUCUGCAGCUCAACUAUGGCAAGCAGUUUGUGAUACCGCCCUGCCAAGUCUUUAGGGCUAUUUCUGCUCAACCACCUAGUGGCCAUAGGGUGAGAUGGCUGUCAGCAUGUGGUGGUGGGUUUACACUCAGUCACAAAGCACUUCAGGCCUUCACUGCAAGUGCUUGUUUCUUUUGCACUUUAUAUAAAUAUGUAAUCUAAUCAUAUACAGCCAUUGUAUACAGGUGGAAACCGUUUGUACAAUACAGCGAGUGUGGUGAUAGCUAGCCAUUUGACAUAGUCAUGGCUCAGUAGCAAUGAUCUGAUUUCAGGUUGCUAAGGAGUUUAAAGUGCUUUGUUCAUAAUGUACAGGUUUCACAGGCCCAACAACCUCUUGCACAAAAUAUCCUUGUAUCAUAUUAUAAAUAUUUUUUUUUUAAACUUG